AAACAGAUGAUUAAUUUUAUUUCAAUAAAAACUUUACUUUCCUUUCCAUUGAACUCAAAUAAAUUUUGUAAAAACAAUAAUGUUAAAACCUAAAGCUUUAACACAAGUUUUAAGUCAAGCUAAUACAGGCGGAGUAGAAAAUACAUUGUUACUUAGUCAAGAAGGCGCACUUUUGGCCUAUUCUGGAUAUGGUAGUCGAGACGCUAGAGUAACCGCAGCCAUUGCCAGCAAUAUCUGGUCUGCAUAUGAAAGACAUGGAACUCAUGUAUUAAGAGAUGAUCGUUUAAAUUUUGUCCUUUUAGAAUGCGAAGAAGGACAUGUCGCCAUAACACAGGUAGCAAAUAUUCUUUUAUGUUUAUAUGCAAAGCAGUCAGUCGGACUUGGAAUGUUGCGACAAAAAGCUAUAGCAUUAUCUUCUUAUUUAGAAGGUCCUUUGAAACAAAUUGCCUCUUCAACAUAAGUAUUAUAAAAAUUCAAUUUCCAAAAUAAUUAUGUACAUAUGUUUAUGUAGAUAAUUAUUAAUAUAAUUUUUAGAUUUAAUCUUCGGUCUUGUAUUUUACAACAGAAUAAUCAAUAUUAAUAUUAAAAUUUGUUAUGUUUUUUAAAUUAA